AUGAAGCAAUGCUGGCGCCUCAUCACUACCCGAAAUUUCUCUGUCACUUCUCCACAACCCAGUUCGGCUGUUCGCAUUCUUGAGGUCGGCCCUAGAGAUGGGCUACAGAACAUCAAAACAAGUGUGCCGACUUCAAUCAAAGUGGAUCUCAUACGCAAACUCGCAGCGACCGGUCUGCGCAACAUUGAGGCGACCUCAUUUGUGUCGCCAAAAUGGGUCCCUCAGUUGGCCGAUGGCGCAGAUGUCAUGGCGCAGAUAUCGAACCUGAGGAAAGAAGGGCUCAACGUCCCGGUGCUCGCUCCUAAUCCCAAGGGUCUAACGAAUGCCAUCAAGGCUGGAGCAGAGGAAGUUGUCGUCUUUGCUUCCGCCACGGAGGGUUUCAGCAAACGCAACCAAAAUUGUACUGUGGACGAAGCUCUCGAUGGCGCUCAGCAGGUGGUGGAACAAGCCAAGGGACAAGGCUUGCGUGUGCGAGGUGUGGUAUCAUGCAUUUUUGCUGACCCUUACACGGGCCGGACGUCGCCCUCAGAGGUCUUGCAUGUGGUCAAACGUUUCCUGAACAUGGGCUGUUACGAGGUCGGCCUAGGUGAUACUGUGGGAGUGGGCACGCCAAAAGACACACAGAUCCUGCUGGAGCUCCUUUUGAAACAUGUAUCGCCUAAUCUCCUAGCAGGUCACUUUCACGAUACCUAUGGACAAGCCAUCGCCAAUGUCAGCCGAGCAUACGAUAUGGGGAUUCGCUCCUUCGACAGUAGCGUGGCAGGCCUGGGAGGCUGCCCCUACGCUAGAGGGGCAAAGGGCAACCUCGCCACCGAGGACCUGAUAUACACGCUGGAGAAGUCAGGCGUCUCCACCGGGGUUGAUCUAGAUCAACUGACGUCUGUGGGAGACUGGAUAUCUCAACAGAUCAAGGUGCCAAAUUCAAGUAGGGCUGGCACCGCCCUUCUAGCCAAGCGAACGAGCACCUCGGUGCCAGUUGGCCAGACACAGCCGCUGGUGCCACGCAGAGUGUGGACAACCAUGGAGAGUAAUAUGAACUACACUGUUGCUAGGUCGCGCAACGGGGUCAAAAUUACGCUGACUAGAUCAAAAAAUGGCAAUGCUAUGACUCGGCCGAUGUUGGAAGGACUGACUGCUACCUUCCGAUCCCUGGCACAGGAUCGUACCGUCUUUCAUAUCGUGCUUGACGCCGAGGGAAAAUAUUUCUGCACCGGCAUGGAUCUCAGCAGCGACACAGAAAAGAGUGAGACUCAGGGACAAGGCAGUUACUACUCAGUCGUAGCCGACCUCUUCUCUGCCAUCGACAGUGUCCCGCAGACUACUGUGGCGGUCAUCAACGGCCCUUGUUACGGAGGAGGCGUGGGGCUUGGGAUGGUGUGCGAUAUCCGACUGGCAUCAGGUCGAAGCCGUUGGACACUAUCAGAGAUCAAAUUGGGACUUGCGCCGGCCAUCAUCUCCAAGUAUUUAGCUCGGGAAUGGGGGACCUCAUUUCUUAGGGAAGCAAUGCUCACGGGCAGAGAGAUUUUGCCGGCAGAAUUGCUACGUAUUGGUGCCAUUCACGCCAUCUCAGACGACUCGGGCGACGGCCUGAACACGAUGCUGGAUGUGACCUUGGAGCAACUGUCUCGUGCAGCACCAGGGGCCGGCGCCAAGUGUAAGCAGCUACUCAAACUGGCUUGGACCAACGCUGGAGGAGCACAACAAGAUGCCUUGAUACAGAAAUUGUUCAACGAAAUGGUCGCGGCUGGAUCUGAGGGCGAAUACGGCAUGGCACAGUUCCAGAAGAGGGUUAAGGACGUAGACUGGGCUGAGUACUGGGCUAGCAAAGUCUCGCUAUAG